CUAGUUUCUUGUUUUUAAAAGUCCGUGGCGCCUCAUCCCGACACGAUCCAGGGAGAAGAAAACCCUAAUUUCUUCCACGAUUCCGUCCGCGAGUCAUGGCGGCUUCGUCAGCGGCGGCCACACUUCCUACUUCCUCCACCUCCGUUCCCCCGAAUCCUGAAACCCUAAACCAAGCCAAUGAUCCGUUGCCGUCCACUGACUCCUCCCAACCAUCAAACCUACCACAAACGGACGGAAACUCCUCGCAUUCAGACUUCCCAUCUAAUGCCGAGGAAGACCUAGUUGUCAUCGAUGAAAGUGUAUCGAUGGAAGAAGACGAAGAAGUGGAGGGCGAGGAGCAGGAGGAGUGCGGGUUUUGCCUUUUCAUGAAAGGAGGUGGCUGCAAGGAGCCAUUUAUCGCAUGGGAGAAGUGCGUAGAGGAGGCGGAGAAGACUGGCGAAAAUGUGGUGAAUAAGUGCAUGGAUGUUACGUCUCUCCUAAAGAAAUGUAUGGACGAACACGCCGACUACUACGAGCCCAUCCUUAGGGCCGAGAGAGAGAUGGCGGAUGCCAUCUCCGAGGCUGAGACUGAAAAGGAGCUAAUUAAGGGAGGAGAUGCAUAGUUCUUCUUCAAAUACUCAUACUUGAUUUCUGAUUCUUCCGAGGUGUACAGGGGAUUCCUCCUGUUGUUCUUGUAUCUUGUGGCUACCUUUAACACAGUUUUGGAUUUCGGCAAUAACAUGAUACUUAUGAGGUAUUGAAUUCUGUAAAAGAUAUUUUUUGAAUAGCAUACACAUUUUAUUGCAGAGAUAAAUCAGUUCUUUGUUUGAUCAAAGUCUUAUUCUAUAAAUUUGUUUUUUAGAUUUUA